GAACGGGGGGGCGACAGCGCCACCUGGCGGCCUGAGGCUGAAUCGCUCCUUGGCUCACUUUGGCGGGUCGUGAUUUCUCCGUCCGACAGAAUGUAGCUUUCGGCGCGUGAGGCGCAAACGGGGACACUUGUUAUAUGAAACUAUAACGGAAUAUGACGAGAGCAAUACCUACGGCCACGGGACGCACACUCGGCUUGUUAUUUGUCGCCCCCGCUGGUGCGUCACGUGACCCGAGGGGCAGGGUCCGAGGAGCUCCGCCUGCGGAUCGCCCCACCUUCCUUACCCGCCGUGCGCGCCGCCUGUGCCCGUCAGCAGUGUCCCCAUCCGUGUGCCCGCCAUGGGCUGCGACCCCCUGGGGCUGUGCCAGUACGAGACGGCCAAGCUCGUGCGCAUCAGGAGCGCGCGCCUCGGCUCCCUCAAAUGGGCCCUGAACGCGCUCAUCUUCCUCUUCAUCGGCAUCAUGCUGUUCUGGAACAAGGAGUACCAGGAGCACGACCUGGUGGUCAGCUCGGUUACCACGAAGGUCAAAGGAGUUGCCCUGACUCAGGUGCCGGAGGUGGGCGAGAUGCUCUGGGACAUGGUGGACCACAGCGGGACCUUCCAGGGGAAAAACUCCUUUUUCGUGAUUACCAACGUCAUCGUCACCAAAAAACAGAAGCAGGGGAAGUGCCCGGAGGGCGUUCCGAACGGCAGGCUGUGCCAGUCAGACGCCGACUGCAAUAAGGGCGAGUGGGACCAGUCCAGCCACGGGGUCCAGACGGGCGCCUGCGUCAAGUCGGACGUGACGAAGAAGACCUGCGAGGUGUUCACCUGGUGCCCCGUGGAGAACAAGCGAAAGCCCCCCAGGCCAGCUCUCCUCAUGGCAGCAGAGAACUUCACGGUGCUCAUCAAGAACAACAUUCGCUUCCCGGCCUUCAGCUACAUCAAGAGGAACAUCCUGCCAGACAUGAAGGAGUCCUACUUGAAGAGCUGCACCUUCAACCGGCGCUCGGACCCCCUGUGCCCCAUCUUCCGCCUGGGUGACAUCGUGCAGGAGGCCAAGGAGAACUUCACCGAGAUGGCAGUGGAGGGAGGUGUGAUGGGGAUCCAGAUAAACUGGGACUGUGACCUUGAUCGGCUCUUCCACAAGUGCCGACCCUCGUACUCCUUCCGCCGACUGGACGAGAAAGAAACCAACCGCACCCUGUACCCUGGACUCAACUUCAGGUUUGCAAAGUAUUACACUGAGAACGGAGUGGAAACGCGGACGCUGUACAAAGCGUACGGCAUCAGGUUUGACGUUAUGGUCUUCGGAAAGGCAGGGCGGUUCAGCAUCAUUCAGCUGAUCAUUUACAUCGGCUCAACCCUGUCCUACUACGCCCUGACCACGCUGUUCAUCGACUGGCUCAUCGGCACGAGCUGCUACGCUAAGGAAGCCCAGCGGAACUACUCGGAGAGGAAGUUUGAGACCUUAGACGACCAUAAGCGGAGCCUGCUUUGUGUCUCCUUUGUGGACGAGGACGCUCUCAGGCUGGCGAAAGUCUCCCGAAAGAAGCGGUUGCAGGAAGUCAAGCCUGAGUCCGUUCGUCCGAGAAAGGACAGAGCAGGCAGCCUAUGGGCGCUAGCGACCGCCCUACACGCCCCUCCGAAGCAAAGGGCCGAUAUAGCGCUCCAGGAACCGCCCCGGUCGGAGCAGCCGGCCUGGUGCCAGUGCGCCCGGUGCCGCCCCUCCGACGCCCCCCAGGAGCAGCUGUGCUGCCGACAGAGCCGCGGUCGCUGCAUCUCCACCUCGCCGGCGUUCGAGCGCCUCGCGCUCGGCCGGCCGCUGUUGGAAUCGGUGCUGCUGUACCGGGACCCCCUCCUGGACCUGUCGACCGAAGCGGCGCCCCGCCUGCUGCGGCACUGCGCCUACGACGUCUACAUCGACUGGCGGUUCGGGGCCGAGCGAGAAGGUGCCUGCCCCGUCGUGCCCAGCUGCUGCGUGUGGAGGAUCAGGGAGGAAUACCCUAGUCCAGACGGGCGCUACCGUGGCCUGCGGCCCGCCAGCAAGGUGGCGCUCAUCCCCGGAGCUCACUCGGGGUGCUGAGGAGCCCAAGGGUGUUGGACGGGCUGCUUGAGGACAGAGACUCGAUGUCAAAAAUGUCCCUUUUAAUGUGCAUUCAGGAGCACGAAGGAGGAAAAAAUGCAAUAUAAAGUAUGUUGUUGCACUGUUAACAUCUUAUCAGGUACUUUUUUUUCCCUUUGCUGUUUAUUUUUUUACUAAUUGUACUGCACUAAGCCAUGUCAUCUACUGUAUGUUUAGCGUGUUAAGAAUAGACCUAAUUUUGUGGCUAAUAGGAAUGUAUGAAUUUUUGCUACUCCAUUAAAAGCAUUUUAUAUUA